GUGACGUGACGUCAGCACAAUCAUAUAGAAGAGCUGCUACGACUUUACGAGUCAGUCAAUCUGCGAAAAUAACUGAAAAUAUUCAACGUUAUCCUUGUGAACAGUAAAGAUGGAAUUUCCUGAUCUUGGACAGAACUGCCAUGAAUCUACAUGCAGUCAACUAGAUUUUCUCCCAAUGAGAUGUGAUUCCUGUUCGAAUGUUUUCUGCAAGGAUCACAUUACAUAUGAACAGCAUAAGUGUGCGGCAGGCUUUAGGAAGGAUGUUCAAGUACCGGUGUGUCCGUUAUGCAACAAGCCAGUACCGGUGAAGAGAGGGGAAGCCCCCGAUAUAGGCGUGUCUGAUCACAUAGACCGUGAGUGCCAGUCUGACCCCGCUGUCAAGAAGAGGAAGGUCUACUCCAACAGGUGCACCAAGAAAGGCUGCAAACAAAAAGAGCUUGUUCCAGUAAUAUGUUCCUCCUGUCAUAAGAACUUCUGUUUGAAGCAUCGACAUUCCGUGGACCAUGACUGUCAAGGUUUCCAAAACUCAGGCAAAGGUGCAUCAAAACAAGGGGCAGCUGCAAUCAACAGACACCAGAACAGUAAUAGGACAGCGGGUAGUUCAUCAUCGUCAUCUAGGAAUCAAGCUAGGCCACAACAAACCUCUAUGGCCGCACUUGGAAGAGAUUUUGAUAGGGAAAGGAGAGAGAGAAUGGCCGCUGGUAGACAGCAGGCUAAUGCAGGAAGUACAAUGCAAGCAGGAAUGUCAGAGGAUGAGGCAAUGGCUAGAGCUAUCCAGAUGUCUCUGGCAGAGGAAAGCAAACCAUCUAAGGCGACAAGGCCGCCUGUGAACCCUAGGGCACUACAGCAAGAGGACGAAGACCUGGCACUGGCGAGGGCGCUAGCUGCGAGUGAGGAGGAAGAGAGGAACCGCCGGAGACGGCAGGAGGUCUAUUAACACUGCCCAAUAAUGUUGAUUCCGUUUCAUACAGCAACGACAGCAGUCUGAAAGUGAAAGUUCCAAGUGUGCUCUCUCCUGAUUGGUCGACUGGCCACUUCCCCUUCCGAACGGACCAAUCAGCAUUGCUAACCGAAAUCGGUGAUCAAGCUCUCCAUCUCAUACCAUGUGCUUGGCAAAGACAGAGAUUUGAACGACCACUUAUGGUACCUCCAGACCAACUGACAUCUUCCUUUGUAUUUUGGCACUUAAGACCAAUGUUAAGUACAGAACAAAGAUUUAUUCAAAUUAUCAUUGCGAAUCAGUAAUUAUGAGGUCAGUAAUCACAUUUCCAUAAAGGAGUAACUCGAUAUGUAACACUCUAGUGCUUCUGAAAUGGAUUAUUAUUAUAAAUGCUCUAAAAUUUUGUGUGAAUGAAUAGUACAUGUCGAGGGUUCAGUGACACAAAGACUCCAUAUUUGUCAAAAUGAGUAUUUGAUAUCAAAAUGUUCAAAAAAACGUGGGCUUUACAGGAAACACAUAGACUUAACUCCACCGAACACC